AUGAGUCAGGUUGAAUCAUUUAUUUUGGACCAAGAAGAUCUUGAUAACCCAGUACUUAAAACCACGUCGGAGUUAUUCUUAUCGAGUGCUGCAGAAGGUGCGGACUUGAGAACUGUGGAUCCAGAAACACAAGCAAGACUGGAAGCCUUACUGGAGGCAGCAGGAAUUGGUAAAUUGUCCACUGCCGAUGGUAAAGCCUUCGCAGAUCCCGAGGUUCUCCGGAGACUGACAUCCUCUGUCAGCUGUGCACUGGAUGAAGCUGCUGCUGCAUUGACGCGGAUGAGAGCAGAGAACAAUCACAAUGCAGGACAAGUGGACAAUCGCAGUUUGGCAGAAGCAUGCUCAGAUGGUGAUGUAAAUGCUGUCCGGAAGCUGUUGGAUGAAGGAAGAAGUGUAAAUGAACAUACUGAAGAAGGGGAGAGUCUCCUUUGCUUGGCCUGUUCAGCAGGAUAUUAUGAAUUGGCACAAGUGCUACUAGCAAUGCAUGCAAAUGUUGAAGAUCGAGGGAAUAAAGGAGACAUAACUCCCUUGAUGGCAGCUGCCAGUGGAGGCUAUGUAGAUAUUGUUAAACUUCUCCUUGUUCAUUGUGCAGAUGUCAACGCACAGUCUUCAACAGGGAACACAGCUCUCACUUACGCUUGUGCUGGGGGCUUUGUUGACAUAGUGAAGGUGCUAUUGAAAGCUGGUGCUAAUAUAGAAGACCACAAUGAGAAUGGGCAUACCCCCUUAAUGGAAGCAGCCAGUGCAGGUCAUGUUGAGGUUGCAAGAGUAUUGCUGGAAUAUGGUGCAGGAAUCAACACUCACUCCAAUGAAUUCAAAGAAAGUGCACUUACACUUGCGUGUUAUAAAGGCCAUUUAGAUAUGGUUCGUUUUUUGCUUGAAGCUGGAGCUGAUCAAGAGCAUAAAACAGAUGAGAUGCACACGGCGCUAAUGGAGGCCUGCAUGGAUGGACACGUGGAAGUGGCACGCUUGCUUUUAGACAGUGGUGCUCAAGUGAAUAUGCCUGCAGAUUCAUUUGAAUCUCCACUCACUCUGGCUGCUUGUGGUGGACACGUGGAGUUAGCUGCUCUUCUGAUCGAAAGGGGAGCUAACCUGGAGGAAGUUAAUGAUGAAGGUUAUACUCCCCUAAUGGAAGCUGCCCGGGAAGGUCAUGAAGAGAUGGUAGCCUUGCUACUGGCACAAGGAGCAAAUAUAAAUGCCCAGACAGAAGAAACGCAGGAAACAGCUCUUACUCUGGCAUGUUGUGGAGGGUUUUCUGAAGUAGCUGACUUCCUUAUUAAGGCAGGAGCUGAUAUAGAACUUGGUUGCUCAACACCUUUGAUGGAAGCUGCUCAAGAGGGUCAUCUUGAAUUGGUGAAAUACUUGCUGGCAGCAGGAGCUAAUGUUCAUGCCACCACAGCAACAGGAGAUACAGCUUUGACCUAUGCCUGUGAAAAUGGACAUACUGAUGUUGCAGAUGUGUUGCUUCAAGCUGGUGCUGAUUUGGACAAGCAGGAGGACUUAAAGAAGACUAUUUUGGAGGGCAUAGAGCCGGGCAAGCAUCAGGAGCAUGAAUCUGAAGGUGGGAGAACCCCACUAAUGAAGGCUGCACGAGCUGGUCAUUUAUGCACUGUGCAAUUCCUUAUUAGCAAAGGUGCCAACGUUAACAGGGCUACAGCUAAUAAUGACCACACGGUGGUGUCACUGGCCUGUGCAGGAGGCCACCUGGCAGUUGUUGAGCUCCUUCUGGCUCAUGGUGCAGAUCCUACUCAUCGUCUCAAGGAUGGUUCAACAAUGCUCAUUGAAGCUGCCAAAGGAGGACAUACAAAUGUUGUUUCUUACUUGCUGGAUUACCCAAACAAUGUUUUGUCAGUUCCCGCAGCAGACUUGUCUCAGCUCACACCUCCAUCUCAGGAUCAGUCUCAGGUUCCACGUGUACCGGUGCAUACACUUGCUAUGGUUGUACCUCCCCAGGAACCUGACAGAACGCCUCCAGAGAGCUCGCCCCCUCUCCUGGGAGUGGUGAAAGGUGCAUCCAAGCAGAAGUCAAGUUCCCUGCAGGUAGCAGAUAAGGACCUACUGCCACCUUUUCACCCAUACCAACCUUUGGAAUGCAUAGUAGAAGAGACUGAAGGCAAGCUGAAUGAACUUGGACAGAGAAUUAGUGCUAUUGAAAAAGCACAACUUAAAUCAUUGGAAUUAAUUCAAGGUGAACCUUUAAAUAAGGAUAAGAUUGAAGAACUUAAAAAGAACAGAGAAGAACAAGUACAGAAGAAGAAGAAAAUAUUGAAGGAGCUGCAGAAGGUGGAAAGGCAGUUGCAGAUGAAAACCCAACAGCAGUUUACCAAAGAAUAUUUGGAGACCAAAGGUCAGACAGACACACCACUUCCCCUGCAGCAGCAGUGCCCACUUACAGGGAUCUUCCCAGAAGUGGAAGCUGAUAAGGGUCUGCCAGAGGGUAACUUUUCAGGGUUACCUCAGGUUGACACAAUCUUGUCUAAAGAUGAUGAGCAACAACAGUCUCCACCACCUGCUGAACAAAUAGAGUUUGUCCCUAUCCAGCCUUUGCCAGCACCGCAAUGUAAUUUCUCUGGUAAUUUAGGUUAUAAUGGGACAGAGUCUCUUGAACUUCAGAAAGCAUUAGGGAAUCAGCAGAAUGUAGGACAGCAGCAAAUUGCUGGGCAGGGGCUCUUAGUUCAAGAACCAGACGGAUUAAUGGUUGCCACUCCAGCACAGACGCUUACCGACACUCUUGAUGACCUAAUAGCAGCUGUGAAUAGCAGAGUGCCCAGUGGCUCCACCAGCUCCUCGCACACUACCGAGUCCCCUACGUCUGAACCUUGUUCACAGGCACCAAGCAAUGUCCCCUCGCAGUCGGUGCUCCCUAUGUAUCCUUCGGUUGACAUAGAUGCACAUACUGAAAGUAAUCAUGACACUGCUCUGACCCUUGCGUGUGCAGGAGGUCAUGAAGAACUUGUAUCUGUACUGAUAGCACGUGGUGCCAAUAUUGAACACAGAGACAAGAAGGGUUUUACACCUUUGAUUUUGGCUGCAACUGCUGGACAUGUUGGUGUCGUGGAAAUUCUUCUAGACAAAGGUGGGGAUAUAGAAGCACAGUCUGAGCGCACAAAGGAUACUCCGCUUUCAUUGGCAUGCUCUGGUGGACGCCAAGAGGUUGUUGAUUUGCUGUUGGCCCGGGGAGCAAAUAAAGAACAUAGGAAUGUGUCUGAUUAUACGCCAUUAAGCCUUGCUGCAUCUGGUGGCUAUGUUAAUAUCAUCAAGAUUCUUCUCAAUGCUGGGGCAGAAAUUAAUUCAAGGACCGGGAGUAAGCUAGGUAUUUCUCCUCUGAUGCUGGCUGCUAUGAAUGGCCAUGUACCUGCCGUGAAGCUGUUGCUUGAUAUGGGUUCUGACAUAAACGCCCAAAUUGAGACCAACCGGAAUACAGCCCUCACCCUGGCCUGUUUCCAGGGCCGAGCAGAGGUGGUCAGUCUGCUUUUAGACAGGAAGGCCAAUGUCGAGCACAGGGCAAAGACUGGUCUCACACCUCUGAUGGAAGCGGCUUCAGGAGGAUAUGCAGAGGUUGGAAGGGUUCUCCUCGAUAAAGGAGCAGAUGUUAAUGCUCCACCUGUGCCUUCCUCAAGAGAUACAGCUUUAACAAUUGCAGCAGAUAAGGGUCACUACAAGUUCUGUGAACUCCUAAUUAAUCGAGGAGCACAUAUUGAUGUUCGUAACAAGAAAGGAAACACACCUCUGUGGUUGGCAGCUAAUGGUGGUCACUAUGAUGUGGUUCAGUUGCUUGUGCAAGCAGGAGCAGAUGUGGAUGCUGCAGAUAAUCGGAAAAUUACACCUCUUAUGUCAGCAUUUCGCAAGGGGCAUGUCAAAGUAGUUCAGUUCCUGGUGAAAGAAGUUAACCAGUUUCCUUCGGAUAUUGAAUGCAUGCGAUACAUAGCGACGAUAACAGACAAGGACCUGUUGAAAAAGUGUCACCAGUGUGUGGAGACAAUUGUGAAAGCUAAAGACCAACAGGCUGCAGAAGCAAAUAAGAAUGCAACUAUAUUGCUGAAGGAGCUAGACCUGGAAAAAUCAAGAGAGGAGAGCAGAAAGCAGGCUCUUGCAGCUAAAAGGGAGAAAAGAAAGGAAAAGCGAAAGAAGAAGAAAGAGGAACAAAAAAGAAAACAAGAAGAAGAUGAAGAAAAUAAGCCUAAAGAAACUCUUGAACUGCAAGAAGAUGAUGAUGAAGAAGAAAAUGAUGAUGAAGUGGAACAAGAAGUUCCUAUAGAGCCCCCUAGUGCAACUACAACAACUACAAUUGGAAUUUCUGCAACUUCAACUACUUUCACAAAUGCCUUUGGGAAGAAGAGAGCUAAUGUGGUGACGACCCCCAGCACAAAUAGAAAAAAUAAGAAAAAUAAAACAAAAGAGACUCCUCAGAAUAUGCAGAUAAUUUUGCCAGAUCAGCAUAUAUCUCUAGCACAGCAAAAAGCAGAUAAAAAUAAAAUAAAUGGAGAGCCAAGAGGUGGUGGUGCAAGUGGGAAUAGUGAUUCAGAUAACUUGGAUAGCACAGAUUGCAAUAGCGAAAGUAGCAGUGGAGGUAAAAGCCAAGAGUUGAACUUCACAAUGGAUACGAAUUCCUCUGAGCGGCGCUAUGCCUCAUUGCUUAUCCCCUCUCAGGAAGAAAAAACGAGCACCUCAGCUUCAAAAACACCAACGAGGAGGGAAGAAGUUGAUGACUCUGAGCAUUUUACCUGCCAGGUUGAUGGCCAGUUUGAUUUAACCUUGUCGAACCAGAGACUCGAUGGUGAAGGUCAUUCAAAUUCUUUGUCAACUACUUAUAAGCCUGUUUCCCUGCCUCUGACCUCUCCAAAUGUAAAGCUGAAUCUGACUAGCCCAAAAAGAGGCCAGAAAAGAGAAGAAGGCUGGAAAGAAGUGGUUAGAAGGCAAGUAGGCAGAGUUUUGAAAGACCCUCCCCCUAGCAACACUCUGCAGCCAACACCAAUUGAGCAAUUUCAGCUGCAGAGAGGAGGGCGCUGCUGUUCAGGAGCAAAAAGGUCAAAGAAAUUAUCUGUCCCAGCUUCUGUCGUAUCUAGAAUAAUGGGAAGAGGUGGGUGCAACAUCACAGCAAUUCAAGAUGUCACUGGUGCCCAUAUUGAUGUUGAUAAGCAAAAAGAUAAGAAUGGAGAGAGAAUGAUCACUAUAAGGGGUGGUACAGAGUCAACACGAUACGCAGUGCAACUCAUCAAUGCCCUUAUUCAAGAUCCUGCCAAGGAACUGGAAGACUUGAUUCCUAAAACUCAUAUAAGAACACCCGCUUCAAGUACCAAAUCAAUCCAUGCAAACUUCUCAUCUGGAGUCAGCACUGCGACUGCUUCAAACAAGAACUCCUUUCCUCUCGGAGCACCACCCCUGGUCACAUCACAGUCAUCAACAUUAUCUACUUUCCAGCCUACUAACAAAUUAAACAAGAAUGUCCCAGCAAAUGUGCGGUCAUCUUUUCCGGUGUCUCUUCCUCUAGCUUAUUCUCACCCUCAUUUUGCCUUGCUGGCUGCCCAAACUAUGCAACAGAUCCGUCACCCUCGCUUACCUAUGGCCCAGUUUGGAGGAACUUUUUCACCCUCACCGAACACUUGGGGACCAUUCCCAGUGAGACCAGUUAACCCUGGCAGCACAAACAGCUCUCCAAAGCAUAAUAGUUCAAGUCGUGUAGGUAGUCAGAAUGGAAAUAUUUUACAGACAGAGUCUCCUGGAUUAGCUACUUCUAGUUGUCCCAUUACUGUCUCUUCUGUAGCUGCUUCCACUCAACCGCUGUGUGUAACCAGUAAUCGGACUCCCUCUUCAGUCAGAAAGCAGUUGUUUGCCUGCGUUCCCAAGACGAGUGCUGCAGCAACAGCAAUCUCAACGGUGACAAGCACCUGUAGCACGCUUCCUUCAGCUUCCUCUGCCCCCACAAACAAUGGGCAAGUGCCCACAGCAUUUCUGCCAUCUAAUGCUCCACAAACACAGCAUUCUGCACUUAAAGCGGACUCUUUCUCAGUUGUCUCAGCACCCAAAGAGAAGGUGUCAACACCAGACCAGCCCACUGCAAAUGCAUGUGCGCCAUCUUCAGUUCCAAGUAGUUGCAGUAUGUCAGCUAGCAGCAACUCAGGAGUCACCGAAACUCGCCCAUCGAGCAGUCCUGCACCGCUAAAUAGUGUCCAAGAUGAAAUACUGCCAACCAGCAUGUCAGAGAUAAAUCCUUCCAUGUCGAUGCCUUUUUCAUCCAGCUCAGAAACUGCUCCUUUAAGCUUAGCGUCACCCAGGUCAGUUGUUGCAGAUAAUCAGGACAACAGUAACUUACCUCAAGUAGCUGUACCAGCACCUCGAGUUGCUCACAGGAUGCAGUCCAGAGGUUCUUUCUAUUCAGUGGUACCAAAUGCAAACCUCCAUCAAGAUCCUCAGUCUAUUUUUGUUACAAAUCAAGUUCCUUUAACACCUUCUCAAGGUCCACCUGCUGCAGUGCAGCUUUCGUCAGCCAUGAACGUUAUGAACGGUUCUCAGAUGCACAUUAACCCAGCAAACAAAUCAUUGCCUCCUACCUUCGGGCCAGCAACACUCUUCAGUCACUUUAGUAGUCUUUUUGAUAGCAACCAGGUGCCAGCUAACCAAGGAUGGGGAGACUGUCCCCUCUCUACCCGAGCAGCAGCUGACCCAUCUUUCACAGUUCAGUCUACCUUUCUGAAUAACUCUGUGCUAGGACACGUGGAAAACGUGCAUCCUGACAACUCCAAGGCUCCUGGUUUCAGGCCACCUUCCCAGCGGGUUUCGACUAGUCCUGUAGGCUUACCCUCUCUAGAUCCAUCCAACAGCUCUACAACUUCUUCUUCAGGUCCUUUGACAGGCUUUUCAGCAAACAUACAAGGAGCACGGGUUUACCUUCAAGGGCCAGCGCCUGUUGGGACUCCCAGCUUUAACAGACAGCAUUUUUCACCACAUCCUUGGACAAGCGCAACAAAUUCAUGUAGGAACUUCAUGGCAGGUGAAUCUCCUAUUCCAUCAGUUUCCUCAGGAUCAUCUUCACCCCUUUCAGCUGCUUCUGCACCUUCUAACUUGGGCCAGCCAAAAACGGGUAAUGCCAAUCAAGAUCGAAAGGUCCCCCCUCCCAUUGGGACAGAAAGGCUCGCUAGAAUUCGACAGGGAGGAUCUGUCACUCCAACACCCUUAGGAACCAACUUCACAGCUCCUGUUGGACAUAGCGGUAUUUGGUCCUUUGGAGUUAACAGUGUGUCUGAAGGAUUGUCAGGCUGGUCUCAGCCUGUCAUGGGAAAUCAUCCAAUGCAUCAGCAGCUGUCAGAUCCAGGCACGUUUUCUCAGCAUCAGCCUAUGGAGAGAGAUGAUUCUGGAAUAGUGGCUCCCUCAAAUAUUUUCCACCAACCUAUGCCAAAUAGUUUUGUGGAUUUUUCUAAAGGCCUACCGAUUUCCAUGUAUGGCGGCACUCUAAUACCCUCGCAUCCUCAGCUAGCGGAUGGCCCAGGAGGCCCCCUCUUUAACGGGCUCCAUACUCCAGAUCCUGCCUGGAAUCCCAUGAUCAAAGUUGUCCAGAACUCAACAGAAUGUACUGAUGCUCAGCAGGUACCCGCAUCAUCUACGACCGCAAGUUCCUGCUGGAGUGCAAGAAUUCACCCGUGGCCAGGACCCCUCCCUGCUGCCUGCCCCAGAUCCCCGGUGUCACAUCCCUGGCCCAGUCCAGCCUCGUCAAGCUGGAGGAGCUCAAGGAGCGGAAUGAGAGUGAAGAAGCCAUGCCAGAUCAAGACCAGUUUGAGAUGGACAUCUGAGUUUCCAGCUCCCUGUCUGCAGGCUGUGGCUGGGCCUGUUCCUGGGCCUCGUGGAGGUGCUGGCACCAUGACCAGCUGGCUGCAGCCCUCUCUGAUGCUGGGGAUGGACGUGUGACACCUCAGGCUCUAGCACAACUGGCUGGUGCAAUUGCCUAGGAGCUCAUGCUUGAUCAAUAAACACCAUGAAACCCC